UUAAUGAGGCCACUUCAGGCUAUUUUUGUUUGAACGCCGCUUUCAGCAAAGCGCGACCCAGACAGACACAGGGUCACGACUGCAGACAAGUUGUGGGAUUUCCACUUCAAGAUAAAAGUUGGGUCUUUAACUUGAAUGGAAACCUGAACAGGUUUUCUCUGAUCCUAAACGUGAUCUUCCUUUCAUUUCUACCAACACGCGCAUAUGGAGACACCUGCUUGCCUGCCGGUGCCGCCGCUUUGCGUGCGCCGCCGCGCUCCUGCUGCUGACAUCAAAGAUCUGAACGCGUGUUGAAGCGCUCGCCUGAGAGAGAGACGGCGACCUUUUGAAGAGAUGAAGUGAGAGAAAAGCUUGGUUGCUCGUCAGCGAUCUUCCCACUUUCGCAUUCGCCCGUGCGCAAUGGCACCGCGCGCUCCUCUCGUUGGCGUUGGAUGGAGCAGUGAUGGAAGAACUUUAAACUCCGCGUGGAUUCGGCUUUUCCUCAAUAAAUCCUCUUCUGGAAAUCGGUAGCAGGUUUGCCAAACAUCAUACUUCCCAUGCCACCGGGACAUCUCCAUGGCGAUGUUUAGCAGCACGGAGCAGCUUUGGAAUGAGUCGGAGCACCUGGGAUGGGAUGAGAGGAAUGACAGCUCAAACAAAACGGGGAAAGAUGAGGGAGAGCGCAACUACUACGCCAUGCUGUAUUCCCUGCUCAUCCUGGCAAUCGUUUUUGGGAAUGUUUUGGUUUGUCUGGCUGUUCUGAGGGAGCGAUCACUCCAGACAACCACUAACUACCUGGUGGUGAGCUUGGCAGUGGCUGAUCUACUGGUGGCCUCCCUCGUCAUGCCCUGGGCUGUUUACCUGGAGGUGGUCGGCGGUGCCUGGCUUUUCAACCGGCUCUACUGUAACAUCUUUGUCACGCUGGAUGUGAUGAUGUGCACUGCCAGUAUUCUCAACCUGUGCGCUAUCAGCAUUGACAGGUACACAGCAGUGGUAAUGCCCGUCUUGUACAACACCACCCAUUGCUCCAGAAAGAGAGUCUUCGCCAUGAUUGCCACGGUGUGGGUCCUGGCCUUUGCUGUCUCCUGUCCUCUGCUGUUUGGCUUCAACACCACAGACGACCCCAUGGUGUGCUCCAUCUCCAACCCCGACUUUGUCAUCUACUCCUCUGUGGUGUCUUUUUACUUGCCAUUUAUUGUCACGCUGCUGGUCUACAUCCGUAUCUACGUCUUCCUGAGAAUGAGGCGGAAGAGGAUCGCCUUUGGACAGGCGAGAGGAAAAGUGCAGCCAGGUUCCACCCAUCCUUCAGUGGAAACCUGUUUACAAGAGGAGACACCCAAGGCAAAGCAGGACUUAUCUCCUAUCAGGAUUAAAGUGCAGAGUGUAGAAUCAUCAGGAACUUCAAAGCCAAGUCUGCUCUCAGGCUGCCUGUGGCGCAAACGGCCCAAAACUGGACCGGCACAGAACUCAGGGCUGCCACCCGUGGACAUGCAGAACUACUGCAGCAUCAGCCAUGCCUCCUGUGGCCGGACUGAGUUUGACCUGGAGCAGGGGCAGGUGGAGCAGGACGCAUCGGACAGCAACCAACUUGAACUCCCUCCGAUCAGGAUGAACUGUGAAGUGAAGGAACUGUCAAACGGAAGAACACAUACGUCACUGCGGCCGAUAUCUCACUCUCAGAACAACCCACGAUUCAGGAGCAUGCACGCGAGGGAGAAAAAAGCUACUCAGAUGUUGGCGAUUGUGCUCGGGGUGUUUCUCAUCUGCUGGCUACCUUUUUUUGUGACUCACAUUCUGAACACUCACUGCAGGACGUGCCAGAUACCUCCCGCCCUCUACGGGGCGUUCACCUGGCUGGGCUACGUGAACAGCGCCCUCAACCCUGUCAUCUACACCACCUUCAACAUCGAGUUCAGGCGGGCCUUCAUCAAGAUUCUCAGCUGCUGAGGAGGAAAAAAACGUGACAGCAGAUUAAAAUGGAAAUAAGGUGUCACGCUCUUGCAAUAACUCAGGCGUGGUGCCCUUUGUUAACAGUGACCCUGGAUGUAUGGCGCCAAGCGGCAAGAUAAUGUGGGCGGACCAAAAUUUGAGGUUCAUAACACCUGCUUACUUCCUACUUUAGCGAAGAAACUUUUUCUGGCUCCACAUCAGGGCUGCUAUUCCAUUAAAACAGUAUUACUCCUCUAACCAGAGUCACAUUUUCACAUUCAGAAAGUCUUAACAAUAGCAGAGGACUUGGGCUUUCUUUUGAUUAUGUCUUGUAAAGUAUGAGUUCAGGUCAAUAUGAGUUUAAAAAGCUUCUUUGGACGCCAAAUGGAGUUUUAAGGCUGAUAAAUGGAUGUGCAGGCCAAUUCAUUGAAGGGCCUGGACCUCUACAAAGUGUGGAUUAACUCAUGUUAUUCUCCUCAGCCCCCCCCC